UUUUGACAUCACUAACGUGCUGUAUAUUUGUGAUUUUUACAAAUUCUAAUUACAAAAAACAACUCCUCCCAAUAAUUUUGUGAACUCAUUUGUUUUGAUUUUUUUGUUUUGUCUAUAUUAAUCAAAUCCGUCCAAUGCGCAGACAAGCGAAUCUCGGCUAAAUUUAUAAACGGCUCCGCCAUAAAAACGAAAAGAAAACAACACAUACAUUUUUUUGACACGAAAACUUCGGAUGAAAGCAAACGAAUUGUUGUUGUUGUACAUGCAUAAAUAUACGUUUGCAUAUUUAUUUGAUCUGCAUAGACGACAACAUUAACAAGCAUAAAAGCACACUAUCAAUAUCUAGCACAGGCCAGCUCCAUUAUUUAAGAUGGCUUCGAACUCGUCGAAGAAAAAGUCGUCUGGUCUGCGAAUGUUGUGGAUACCGGGAAGAAAAAGCCAUCAUCCAAAAGGUCGAUACAGUUCGACCAAUAAACAUGUCUCGUAUUCGCCCAGCCAAAAGAAAAGCGAAGUAUGGACACUGGGCGGCAGCAGGGCUCAAACUGAGCUGAUUGACUUGCCAUCGCCAACGGAAAGUAAUAACGGUGCUUCGACCUCAUCAUUGGCCACAUUGGGCGCCACCGCCAACAUGUCAUCGACGCUGGUGAAGAAUGUGAAGUGCAACAACGAGCAUCAGCAACAGCAUCUGGAAAUGAUUGUAACUUCCACCGAUUCGCUGGCAAUCACAGAAUGCGCCACACUGCCAACAACUCCAGUUGCUGCCAUCUCGCCAAAUUUAAACAGUCCACUCUCGGAGCUGGCUCCAUCGACAGCCUCAACACAGCCAAUGACAUCGCCAAUUAUUGUCACCACAGUUGAAAUACCAGAUUUGCAUCACAAUGUCAUUCCCGAUGACUUUCCAAAGGUGCCAUCGAUUGGCGAUCCAACAGACUUAUCGACAUCGGCGGUUGUAUUGAACAGCUCGGCGGGCACGACAGCAUCGAUAACAACAAACUCAUCAUCGCCGUUGACCAAUCGAAAGGCGAACAGUAACAGUCAGGUACAAAUCAACAACAACAACAACAGCAGCAGCAACUCACAGAAUGCGUCGCCACAGAAAGGCAGCAGAUACAGGAACCACAAUAACAAUCAGGAUGACAUCAAUUCAAUUGAAAGCAUUACCAGUUUUAGUAAGUCACAGGUGAACACAGAUUUCGAAUGGAUCGAUGAUAUGGUGCAGCAGCGCACGUGUAGCGAACUGAUGCACAAGAACAAGCGCAAGAAAUCGAAGAAGCAUCUGGAGAGUAAGGUGUCCGAUCAAUUGGAUGGUGGCCCCAGCAAGAUUAAAGAGAAAUAUGAUAGCAAUGCUGAUGAUGAUGAGAAGGUGGUUAAAUGUCUCUAUUAUUCACUCAUGUGCUGCGACUGUACAAUAUCAUAGAACGUGGAAAUAUAUAUACACACGCAUAUGUACCACAUCUAUAAGGGCUAGCUAGAUAGUGUAUAUAUGUAAUAUAUACAUAUAUAUAUAUAUGAGUAUAUGUAGUAAGAUUAUAAGGGCGCAUAUGUGUGAUGAUGAUGAAGGUAAAUGAAAAUCAUGAUGGCAUUGGAAAUAUGUAUUGCAUUUACAACAAAAAAGAAACGAAAAACGAAA